GCAACGAACAAAUUCGGUUCGAGGAGCACAAGGGCACAACUGGUGCUCAAGCAGAAACCGCGAGUAUUUGUGCCUCCUCGUUAUCAUGGUGGAUAUGAGACUCAGAAGAAUGAGACAAUUGAACUGAAAAUGCCCUACAAGGCAUUCCCGCGUGCCGAAUCGAGAUGGACCAAGGAAGGAGAGAAGAUAGAAAGUGGAGGACGCUACACCAUCACCACUGAUGAAAAAUUCGCGACUCUUACAAUCACUGGAGCCACCCGAGAUGACUACGGCAACUAUCGCGUUACCGUCGAGAACUCCGUUGGUCAGGAUUCAGCAACAGUUCUUGUAACUGUGGCUGAUUGUCCUGAACCACCUCGCUUCCCGCUCGUAGAGAAUGUUCUCGACGAGGCUGUGAUCCUUUCAUGGAAACCACCAAACCUAGACGGCGGAUCACUGGUCACUCAGUACAUUGUCGAGAAGAGAGAUAUCAAUGGAGGACUAUGGGAGCCUUGUGCGAAGACCCGAUACACGUAUCUAACCGUAGAAGGGUGCCGUCCAAAAUGCACCUACGAAUUCCGAAUCAGCGCAGAGAACAAGCAUGGAGUAUCACAACCUUGUGAACCGACUGCUCCGGUACUUAUUCCUGGAAACGAACGCAUACGCAGAAGAGGUUACGACGUCGACGAUACGGGUAAAAUAGUGCACGGCAAGGGGCCAACGCUUGGCAGUUACGAUCCUUAUGUCAUUGACAUAUGGAAGCAAUAUUACCCGGAACCGAUUGAGAUCAAGCAUGACAGCGUUCUUGACCAUUACGACAUCCAUGAGGAAAUCGGAACAGGCGCAUUCGGUGUUGUACAUCGAUGCACUGAGCGUGCGACUGGCAACAACUUCGCCGCAAAAUUCGUUAAUACCCCCCAUGAGGCAGAUAAAGCCACCGUCAGAAAAGAGAUCAACACCAUGUCUGUCCUCCGACAUCCAACCCUCAUCAACCUCCACGAUGCGUUCGAAGACGAUAAGGAAAUGGUUAUGAUCUAUGAAUUCAUGUCUGGAGGAGAGCUGUUUGAAAAAGUCGCUGAUGACACAAACCGAAUGACAGAAGCAGAAGCAAUUGAUUACACUCGUCAAGUAUGCAAUGCACUAUGCCACAUGCAUGAGAUGAACUAUGUGCACCUCGAUUUGAAACCGGAAAACAUCAUGUUUACUACUAAGAAGAGCAAUCAACUGAAACUGAUCGACUUUGGCCUCGCCUCGUUCCUCGAUCCGAAAGAAAGCGUCAAGGUAACAACCGGCACAGCAGAAUUCGCUGCUCCAGAAGUGGCGAAUGGCGAUCCUGUCGGCUAUUACACUGAUAUGUGGAGCGUAGGAGUUCUAGCCUACAUUCUGCUAUCGGGACUCUCACCUUUCGGUGGUGAAAACGAUGAGGAGACACUCAAGAAUGUGAAGAAAUGCGAUUGGAAUAUGGACGACCCACUCUUCAAUCAAAUCUCCGAGAAUGCAAAGGACUUCAUCCGUAAACUGCUUAUCUUAGAACCUGAGUGAGU